GAGACAUAGGAGAGAAACGAAAACGUGAUAGAGUCGGAGUAGGAACAUGGCUCAUUUUGCUCUCCAGAGCCACGAAGAUUCCCAACCGACGUCACCUUACAUUCCAAGUGUUCAGGAUGCCCGUGGGAAGUUACAAAAGUUCAUGGCAGCUUGUCCUAUCAAUGACGAGAGAUUUUUGGAUUUUAAGGCCAUGGAGAAACUUGAAGAUUAUGAUCCGGAGAUAACUAUCGAUGAUGAACGUGAAAGUCCUCAGAUUACAGCUUUCAUUGAUGGGAUCAUUGCUAAUGCUCGAGCAGUGACUUCAGAGGGUAAUGAAUUUCAAUGCUUAUUACCUACCAGGAUUGAUCAAGGAUCUGAGACGUGUUGGAAGAGAAUUUUUGUUGUGGACUGCGGUUGGUAACCCAUUUUAUAUGGGUCAUCACAGCUCAAGUUCUUCAGAAGCUAAUUUUAGUAUUCUUAAGGACAAAGUAUUCAAGCAAUAUGGAUUGCCUCAGCGCCUUGAUAAUUAUCUAUUGAUUCAUCUCAGAUCUUUGGUAGGCGAACAAAUUAAUUUUAAAUUCAACAUGAAACGUUUUUUGAAUCAAGAUAAGUAUGUACCCAGUCCUGUAGUUAAAGAUCUCCCUUCAAAAAGGAAGAUUGAUUCGAGAAAAAUUAGUGCUGAAAGAGAAAACAAAAAAAGGAGGUAAAUCGAAGACAGUGACGAUGAGCCUGUGAUUUACAAACAAAAAGGAAGUCCAGAACAGAAGAAAAGAAAUUUCGAGGAUGAGGCGACUUCUGACAGCUGCAAAGAAGAUGAAUUCAGUUUAGAUGAUACCCCGGAUGGAAAUUAUUUUCCUUAUAGAGAGGAUUGGCGUAGAAAAGGUGAGCCCUUUUAGACUUCCGUUUCCGGACUGCGAGGUUACAGUAGUGGAAUAGGCAAGGGGUAUUACUGUUUCGCUUUAAAGUAAGAUCGGCGGAGUUUUUGAGAGGGUUGAAGGGUUGGAGAGAGGGGCGAGUAGC